AUGAUCUUCUGCGUGAUAUCCUGGGCAUUUGUCGUGGCGGACCCAUUCAUAAUUUGCCCGUAUUUCAGUGUAGACGCGGUGCAGUGCUUCACCUCCACCGUGGAUGGAAGAAAGACACUCGGACUUACUGCGCUUGUGACAGUCCUUGACAUAUUGUCCGAUAUCAUGGUCGUGAGUAUUCCUAUCAUUAUACUCAGGGGAUCGUUCCUGAGCCGUUCAACCAAGUUUGGCCUAGCAGUCUUCCUUUGCUUAUCUAUAUUCAUGGCAAUCUGCGCAAUUAUCAGGAUUGCUGGAUUUCACUACAAAGGACUCGAGGACGACACCUGGGAGUUCUUCUGGCAACAAGUCGAAGGUGCCGUAGCCGUCAUGAUGGCAUCUAUUACGGCUUUCCGUACACUGUUUGUCAAACAAACACAUAACGACGAGGUCGCGGAUCACAGUCCGUUAGGAAAUAUCUUCCACAGGCUCUAUAUGCGCUUCCAAUCACUUGCUCGGGCGCAGCCAGAGGAGAAACCCUCACUGAACCAAACUCGGCCCACCAUUAAGUUUCCCAAGUUACCAUCUCCCAUCUUCACUGGUAUCCGAAGUUUUAUUCGCAGAAAUAAUCGAACUGACCUUGGCGUCACUACGCUUGCUACCCUGGAUUCAGUAAACGAUGGCUCCGAGACGGACUAUCACGCCGCUCUCAAAAAGAAAAUGCCCAGAGCUCUAGCGGCAACGGCUCUUCACGUGGUCAACAUGGAAGUUCGCCCUCGACCCAGCUAUUGA